UUCCGUUCAUCCAUCUCACAUCUCAUUCUGUCCUUUGCGCCAUCGCCUCACUGGCUACCUAUCGACUCUAUUCCCAAUCCCAAUCCCGUCUCCACGACAUCUGCUGAGCGCUUCAACUGCACCCCCAUCGCUGAGGCGCCAUGUCGGGCCUCGCAAUCCCCAACGUCAAGCGCCCACUCGCGGGUCUGGCCUUGCCCGGAGCUCCCCCAUCUGCCUCCAACUCUCCUGCUCCUCCAAGCGGAGCUGUUCAGCUGCAGCCGCGCCCCACACCAGCUGCUCCCGCGGCCGCAGGCGGACGCGUAGGCGAAUCUGGUCGACCCUCCGCUUCGCCCUCACCCGAGCCCGAUGAGGACGGGGAUGCGGACGGCGACGACGACGAAGACGAGGGGCUAGGCGCCACGAAGAAGUCGAGCAAGAGCGCAAAGAAGAAGAAGGGUGCGCCGGCCGCGACGGCAGGACUGGACACAGGCGGCAAACAGGACUACAAGUACACCAACGAGAUCUCACAAAUGAUGUUCGUGUUUGGGGAAGUCCAGGACCCCCUACCGGAAACUGUCAAGCUUGUGGAGGACAUCGUGCGCGGGCAGAUUAUCGAGAUCGUCACGCGCGCGAGGCUGCUCACGCACAUCCGGUCCUCACGCUUCCUGUCUGCCGAGGACUUGAUAUUCCUGAUCCGCGACGAUCGGGGGAAGGUCAACCGCUUGCGGACGUAUCUCAGCUGGAAGGACGUGCGCAAGAAGGCCAAGGAGGAGGAGGACGGCGAUGUCGACGUCGACGAGGCGGACAAAGCCCAGAAGGGCCGCAAGCCGAUCGUGAAGCUUUCAUGGGAGCUCCUUACCCCGUUCUCAGACUUCUUACGCACGCUGCCCACCCAGCAGAACCGUAACGAGGAGGAGGACGAGGAAGACGAUGACGAGCUCCAGGCGCACCAGGACAGCAUGCAGCGCCUCCGCGACGCAGAUGAGAUCACGAAGAAAAUGACGAAGGACGAGUACGUCCACUACUCUGACUGUCGCCAAGCCUCGUUCACGUACCGCAAAGCUCGCCGUUUCCGCGACUUCAUCAACUUCAGCGCGUACCUGGACGUGCGGCCGAACGACGACAUUGUCGACAUCCUCGGAUUCCUUGCUUUCGAGAUGGUGCGCUCUUUGUGCGUGACUGCGCUCGAGGUGCGCGAGCAGCAAGAAAAGCGAGCGCAGUCGGCAUCGAGUGGGCGGCCGGCUCCCACCUCGCCGCUCAAGCGCAAACUCCAGAGCUUGGAGGCCUCGCCGAGCAAGCGUGCACGCAACGACUUGUCCCCGUCCGGCGAGCCGGACGACUCGCGGCGGUUCGGGGCGGGGGCUAACCCGACUCCACGCUCCCUCUUCGCACCGCCGCCCAGCGCUCGGCAGCCGCUGCUGCCCACACAUGUUCUCGAGGCUUUUGCCCAGAUACAGCGCAAGCAGACGUCCACGCGCGUUGGAGGCAUGCGAAACUGGCGGGGAGGCAUGACGCGCGGCCGCGUCGCCCUGGUGUAAUGGAGGUGUUGUUGACACGGAUGUUGUAUAGACAUGCAUUGCUGUACAG